CGGGAGCGCUACAAACUGCAGGGUGUCCCGGGAGAUGAUGCGAUCCGUUUGUGGGUGUGAUAUCCUAGGGAUGAGCUGCUGCAGCACAACAUAGAGACAGAGGGUGGUUGGUAGGGGAAGGGGCAACCUGGCGAGGGCUGCAAAUAUAUCUGCUUACUGCCCUUACAGCGCCCAGAGGAAGAGACAGCCUUGAAACAGCAAGGAUACAUUUGGUAACAUUGAGAAACAAUUAGAACCACAACCAUUGUUUCCAUUGGCCCCGCUCACAGCUGAUCAGCGGUGACAAACCCAGCUGUAAUCGCACACCCCAAGAAAAGGCAGGACUGAGCGUUAAACCUAAGACAAGGCUGUUCAAGCCGAGGAGCUGUGGGUUGGAAAGGAGUGGGUGUAAGAUUCCGAAUCCAACAUGGGCCACCCUCCGCUGGAGUUCAGUGAUUGCUCCCUGGACAGUCCGGAUUUCAGGGAGCGGCUCAAAUCUUACGAGCAGGAGCUGGAGAGGACGAACAAAUUCAUCAAGGAAGUCAUCAAGGAUGGCACCUCGCUCAUCAACGCCAUCAAAAAUUACUCUUCAGCUGUGGUGAAGUUUUCACAGAGCCUGAAUGUAUUUCAGUUUGAAUUCAUUGGAGAUACAUUGACUGACGAUGAAAUCAACAUUGCUGAAUCUUUCAAGGAGUUUGCAGGGUUGCUGCAGGAAGUAGAAGAUGAGAGGGUGAUGAUGAUUCAAAAUUCCAGUAACAUGCUCAUUAAACCCUUGGAAGUUUUUAAGAAAGAUCACAUUGGCGUUGCAAAGGAAAAAAAGAAAAAAUUUGAAAAAGAAAGUGAGAAGUUCUACUCUGCACUUGACCGACACCUGGGUCUUUCCUCAAAGAAGAAGGAAUCCCAGCUUCAGGAGGCCGAUGUGCAGGUUGAUAAAGAGAGGCAGAACUUCUACGAGGCGUCCUUGGAGUACGUGUACAAAAUUCAGGAGGUUCAUGAGAGGAAGAAGUUUGAAGUGGUUGAGCCAGUGUUGGCGUUCCUACAUGGGCUGCUCACAUUCCAUCAUCUGACCUUUGAACUGACUCAGGAUUUCAUGCCUUAUAAACAGCAGCUUCAAUUAAGCUUGCAACACACGAGGAACCACUUCAUGGGCACUCGAGAGGAGAUGGAGGACCUCAUGAAAAGAAUGAAAGAGGCUCCGCAAAGCUGCAAGCUCCCGGGACAGCCCACUAUUGAAGGCUACCUCUACUCUCAGGAGAAACGGCCUCUGGGAUUCUCCUGGGUGAAAAACUACUGCAAAUAUGUGAAAGACACCAAAAUUCUAACCAUGAUCCCAUGUGAUCCGAAACCUGGGGCGAAGCAGGAAUUUAAGCUGAAAUCCUGCGUGAGGAGGAAAUCUGAAUCCAUCGACAAGCGAUUCUGCUUUGAUAUAGAGAUGUUUGAAAGGCAGGGCCCGGUCACGCUCCAAGCUCUCUCGGAAGCCAACCGAAGUUUGUGGAUUGAAGCUAUGGAUGGUAAAGAGCCAAUCUACAUCACACCCAAUGCGAAACCAGAGCAAAUGCAACUGAAUGAUCUGGGCUUAAAGUUUGUGAAGAAAUGUAUUAAUGCGGUGGAGACCAAAGGAAUCACCGCAGAAGGGGUUUACAGAACUGUUGGCAGCAACCUCCAAGUACAGAAGCUACUAACUCAGUAUUUUGAUCCAAACCAUCCUGGUGAUGUUGAUCUCCAGAGCUCUGAGUGGGAAACAAAAACAAUCACCAGUGCACUGAAGCACUACCUCAGGAAUCUUGAAGAGCCAGUGAUGACUUACAAGCUCCAUAGAGAACUUGUCUCUGCCUCCAAAUCUGACAACCUGGAUUACAGACUUGGUGCCAUUCACUCCUUGGUGUAUAAGCUACCAGAGAAAAACCGGGAAAUGCUGGAACUUAUAAUUAAACAUCUCGUGAAUGUUUGUAGCCAGAAUAAGAAGAACUUGAUGACUGCUUUCAACAUGGGGGUGAUCUUUGGACCGACAUUAAUGAGAGCACAAGAAGAUACAGUUGCAGCCAUGAUAAACAUCAAGUUUCAGAACAUUGUUGUGGAAAUCUUGAUUGAGCAUUAUGAAAAGAUUUUUAAGUUCCCACCAGAGGAGAAUGCGGCUCCCCCAGUACCACCCCCCAGAGCUGCACCCAGGAAGCGGCAGCCAAUCACAAUCUCCAAACGUGCUGCCCGCCCUCGGACUAACCUCGACUCUUCCUCUUUCAAGGAUAUGGAAGACUAUGUGGAAGAAGAAAACGAUGAUGGCAGUGGCACCAAUAGUCCAGAGACGGGUGGCGGGACCUCCCAAUCAAGCCCUGUACCUCUGCGGCGAAAUACUAGAUCAAGUUUCGGCAGCCAGAAGGUGGCAGAAACCGAAUCUCCUCUUCGGCAGGCCACAGGUAACCAGAAUUGGCGGCCAUUCUCGGAGGCGGAAGUAGGGAAACCCGCACUGAAAAUGAAAGAUGGAGGUUUGAAGCCAGCUCCGAAGUCUGUAAAUGGGGUGCCACAAACUGAUCAGACCACUGCCAAUGUCUCUCGAGUAUCAUCCUUUCGCACAAAGCUUUCCACCAAGAUGUUUUACACUGAAGAUGGUGAUUAUAGUAACGUUAAUGUACAGCGAGCUCACCAGGAGAAAACUUCCUCUGGCCUGCAGCGACCUCCCAUGAGACCACCAGAUCCUCCGUGUCGAGAUAAAGUUGCUCCACUGCUGAAAGCAGAGCAGUCCACUAGCACGGAAGAUACUUCAUCUUCUGUGGUUGCUUCCAGAGCCAAGUUUUUCGAAAAUGCUGCUAGGAAAACAGGCGGAGCCCAAGCAACACGCACUCAUUCAGUUGAUCAUAGCCAUGGUUUUUCACUCCUAUAGAGAUAAUGUUUUGAAUUCUUGAGGAAAACCUGGCUGGUUUCAGGGAAGCAUGCUGCAUCAGAACUGGAACAAAUACUUCUGUGAAUUAACUUGCACUUAUCAAGAUCUCAUUGAGAGCACCAAAGAUUCUCCAGAUUAUCCAAAUGGAUUCUAACUAGGGAAUUUUCCAUUCCAACAACGUCUGGAGCUGCGUAUUAGAUGACUGCCAAUGAGUCGUCGUAGUGUUCUUGGGCUUAUUUUUCUUGAAUUUUUAAAAUCAGUUCUGGUGUGUUUUAUUAUGUACCUAUUUGUUGGAACAAAAAAGUAACUCCAGUUUGUGUGAGGGCAGCUACAUAUUUUAAAACUUUUAAAGUACUGCUUGAAAUCCACACAAGCUUCAUUAAAUGUGCAAUGUACUUUACAACAAAAGAACACACACAGCUUGUGGACUAGCUUGUGGAAGAUUUUGCUUGACUAUCACUCUAAGUAGGUUAAAUGUUUAAAAAAAAGGUGGCUGGUCCAUACAUUUUAGAAAAUGUGUAAAUUGUGAUUCAAAAUGCAAAAUGUAAAAGGUUGAUGGUGUUAUCAGUGAAAGUAGCUUAUACUCCGAGGGCUGGGUAGAUGGCAAGAGAUUCUUUUUGGAACAAAACCUUGUUUUUGUUUGGAAUAUGUGCUCUGUGACACAAGUUGCUGGAGAAAUUUACUGUGAUGUGCUGCCCUUGUUGUAAACUGAGACAUGGUGACAUUGGAAUCCCACUUUUGGGAGCUGUUUCCCAGCUCCUCCCCACAUUUUGAUUGAUAGAAUGAUUUACAUUAUAAUUGAGAGAAAAUAAACACAGAAAUGGACAAAAAAAAACACUCUACAAAUAAACAGAUGUGGACAACAAGCUCAUUCAUUAUACGUAAAUAACAUUAAUCCCUUUAAUAACGACUUUAUUUUGGAAAGGUUAAAACAUUUUCUAUUGAAAUUAGGAUUGAGGGAAUGUGAUACAGUGGGGCAAACACUGUACUUUCACCUCAUUCUUUGGUUUGGAUCUAGUCCCUAUUAACGGAAUGAAUGGCUAUAUCGCUAAGGGUUUUAGGAAAAUGGAGUUGGGAGCCUCAGCGUUAUUGAGAAUUAGUUUUUCAUCUUGACACCAACUACCAAUGCAGUCAAAAUGAUUUGAAAAUGGCAAUGUAGUUGUAUGGCAAUGUAGUUAUAAUCUUCUAAGUCUGAAGAAGAGACGUGGUUUGGAGAGAUCAAAGGAGUUUUUUAACUGUGUAAACAUCUGAGCUUUGUCCAACAUCGAGAGCUUACUGGGGGCCAGCAUUGGGAAGAUGUUCCAUUCUCCAUCCUGGUUAACAUCCACCUGGCUUCAUGUAAUACCCUGCAGAUAGUUUUUGAAAAUGAAAUUUCAGAAGGAAGAUUCCAAUUGGUGACUGUAAUUAAAGGCAGCUGUUAUAUAGAGUAUCCUUGUGUAGAAAUUGGUAGCAUUUCAACAAACAUUAAUAAGUGCAAGUUACUGAUUUCCAAGAGGUAACUGGACUGUGAAUCUUAGUUCAUUUGUACAUUGUUCAUUGAUUUAAAUUAUGAGGCAUUUAACAUUCCUGGUAAAAUAGACACAUGUUGCUCCUUUACUAAUUUAAGAUUACUGAUAAAUCACUUUCAUUUCACACUCCAUGUUUGAAAAUGUUUUGUUUUUUGUGUAAAUGAAGUCCCAUGGGCUUAAUUCAAGUUUCCAAAUGAAGAAGACUAGCUGUUCCUGUUUAGUCAUUGAACCACUGAGUUAAGGAGUGGGAGUGAACUGAAAAUUGAGUGACCGCAUAGUGGUCUUUGGUAAAACAGCUCUGCAGUUGUAGAAUGAAGUACCUAAUGAGUGAGAAUUUUUAUUGGAAGGCCACAUUUAUACUCAAUAAGGUAUACAGUCAGUGGCAUCAAGGUAGAUUGAAAGGCUGAGAAUUUGAGAUUUGUGUGGCUUGAAUCCAAAUAUUUUCUGAAGCUUAAUAUUUAAUGGCGGGACCCAAACUGAUACUGCACAAGGAAUGGUUUGUAAUGCUUUGUACUUAUGGUCAUAUGCGAUGUUGUGAAAGCCACUAAAUUGUACUCUUGAAAUGAAAUGAUUAACAAGUUCUGAGGAUGCCCUUGUUUUUCAUGUUAUGAGGAACAUUCCUAGCAGUCCUAGUAUUGCUGAUGGAGAAUGUCACAGCCCCUGUCAUUCACAUCUAUUGAAUAAUCACUUGAAUUAUUUCUUUUUCUGGGAGGGUAGAUAAUGAAUUAAUAUGUUAGCUGAGCACAAUUUUUAAUUGCUGUUUUGUCUUCUAAAGUGUACAUCAAAAGUUGUAACAAUCAUCGGUGAGACACAUGUUUUUUACUUCCUUUGUUGGUUUCAAAUCUUGGUAUUCUGCAGAGGAAACUUGCAAAUGGGAUUAACGUGGAAGCAUUACUUCAAACCAACUCUUCAAGUCAAUAAAAUAAAUAUUUGCCUUUGCCUCAAUAACAUGAAGGUACAUAUUAACACUUGAUGGGAACAUUUCUGAUUGCCAACACCUAGAUGGUGGAUAGGUCCAGUAAUUAAUUUACAAGGGCUCCUUUUCCUGGAAGCCAUACACUUACUCAUAUUGAAGAAUGUUAGGCAGUGAGAUGGUCAGCACUGUGAUGUUUUAUUCAGGACUGUCGGAUAUUCAGAAAAGCAAGUCCAUCUGUUGAUGUUUUGAGUUAGAACAUGGAGGGUGAUGAAGAAAUGUUGGAUAUUUGACCCUGUCUCAGUAUGACCUUUUUCUAUUUGCAUCAAUUGGUACAUUUUGUCUGUUGCCCCACUGAAGUGACCUGGUGGCAUGAAAGUUGGUAGCAAGAUGUUCUAACAAAGGUGGGAAAUGUUGCUAAACACUGAUCAUUCUUCACUUGCUGAUUUUGUACAAGCGUUUAUAGUGGCAAAGCUUGACAAUUUUGGGUCUCGUUACUAAUGUCUGAAUGGCAUAUGUAUACUGAACAAUACAGACUGGGAAGAGAUGGGAAUGAUGGAUCAGCUUAUCUGGAAAGUUUGUAAGGAUUGCCAUAUUUAGCUUCCAUGGGGAAGGAGUUGGAAAAAAUCAAUUAGGCUGGUUCUUCCUGAAUGCUACCAGAAAACUGGCUUAGUGACAACAGGAUUGAGUUCAGCUGUAGCAUGACACCAAGUUGAAUGAUUCACUCACCAUGGUUACAAAUGAAAGUUAGUCACUCACUUUUAAACCCAAGAGGAGUUGCCAUUUUGAGUAGAAGAGGAGAUAAUGGAAUAAAUCUAUUUGAAAAGUAAAUCUCUGAGCACUAAUAAGUUUUAAUGAUUUUUAGGUAUUUAUGAUUGGAUUAAAGAAACAAAUGUCUAGAUGUCUCAGCCAAAAAAUGGGAAGAAUCUGCAAUGUCUUACAUGUCAUUUUAAGGAAAUUCACAUUUGUGAACAUCUAAUUCUCAGUGUAUUUUCUUGCCGCAUCUUCAAGUGAUUCAACAUUCCCUACUUUGUUUUUAAUAUUUUAAAUAGUGGGUUUCUGGGUGUAAGCCACGUUCAAACCAAUGUCUUUAAGAUUGAGAUUUACACUAUGCACUAGCCGCAGUAUUAAAAGGACAACUGUUUUCUGUAAGGGUCUGCACUGCAUGGCAUUUUUACCAAUAAAUGCGCAACCAAGAACUUGAGCACAUUAAAAGUAUAAGAGUUUUGAUUCAAGGUAGAAUUAAAUAUGAAGUUUAGUUUUGGAGGGGUCGUAUGAGGGGUACAGUGGGGGAGAAGAGUGUGAUACCAGUGACUUGAGGAGAGAAGCAAGAAAGAUUAAACAAUUCUAAAUCCCAUUCUUCAGUUGAAAUUCAUCUGUUUGUAGUAGGUGGGCUGGUGUGAUUAGUUGCCAAUUAUUUGGUGAUUACAUUUGCUAAACAACACUUCAGUGGGAAAGCAGGGAUACCUGACCUGAAAUUGAUUUCAAGAAAAAAGCUUUUUAUGAAUGAUUUUAGAAUCAGUAACACUGAAAUUUUUAUAUUCCCCUCAUUACCAAACACUCAUGUAAAGUACAGGUACCUUGGUUUAUACUUUCAAAGUGGAUGCUUAGGGUUUAAUCUGAGUUUAUGCAUCUUUAUUGAAUGACCCAAGUGAUACAAGCAGAUCUCUCACUGCAAAAACUGCAAAACGAAACCAAAUUGAGGAGAGCUCAAAUAGAGGAAGAAAGUAAAAAAGCUUUUUUUAAAAAGAAAAUUGGUUGACUUUCUUUACUUUGCAAUUCACAAAACUAAGAAUAAUUAUCCGACCAAGCGAGAUGGUCUGUCAAAUUGAAAAUAUGCAGACGUGACCUUUUUGAAGAAUUCACUUGACAACAUUAAAAGGAUCUUGCUGCAGAUCUUUUUGUUUUUUUUUAAAGAUCGUAAUUUCCCUCUCUUUUUAAGGGACAGAUUUUGAUAAUUGUUUACAUAAUUUUAAAUUGGCCUGUGAUUUGCUUUGAUUUUUUUCAUUCUCCAAAAAUGGCAAGUGCUUCUUUCAAACUCUGACCAAGCCAUUGACUCAAUACAUCGGGGUUUUGAUAUUCACACAAUGCAGUAAUAAUGGGCAAAAUGUUCACAAAUAAAUACAAAUAUUUGCCCUUCUUACCUCAGACAUUUAGGAGGAUUAGACUAUUGUCUCUCUUGCACAGCAUCGAGUUAACUAUUAGACAGCUAUAAUAUCCAUUUAUUGUAUGGUACCAGAAGUUUAUUUGGCCCGUCUGUUACUUGUAUUAGAUUUUAGAUUUAUUUAUAACCCAUUUGAAUUAACGAUCCAUUACAACAAUUAUAGCACACUUUCCAAUAGUCCUCCAGAUUUACCCUAUCUUGUUCAACAGCUAUAGGGAAGGAACAUUAAAAUAGUAGAGUAAUUGGUUAUCUAUUUUAAAGGUUCCUUUUGAUGCCUGGAAUCAGACUCAUGACUCUUUACCCUGGUUUAGGUUUUAAUAUUUCAGUAUUUCAGUGACUAAAACUAGUUUCAGGGCUCCGUGUAAUGCCACCAGACUGCUGCAUAUUGUAUGAGCAAUGUUAGUUAUUAAUUUAUUAAAACCGCUUAGUAUUGUUUUCUUUGCUGUUCUUUAUCCAUAACUUCAUAAUGUUAAAUCUGCUACCCAGGAUCUCACUCUACUUCAAACCAAAACAACAUACAGCAGAAGCUGAUAAUUGGAAUAAAUACAUAAAUGCUGGAAACACUGAACAGAUCAUGCAGUAUCUGUGAAGACAGCUGCAUAACCAUAAAUCAUUCAACCUUUUAUGGAUUUUCCUCCUCAACAGUCAUUCAUAUUUCAGUUUUCUGCAGCUUGUUAAUUUGCUGAAAUACAUUACCAUCAACUUCAGACAAGAAUAGGACAAACCAUGCCCAAUACUCUGCACUGGCUACAGGUAGAGGUAAAGGCUGUCCAAUGUACUUAUACCAAUUUGAACAUCAUAAAUGCUUUGUUUGGGGAUUGGGCCUUGGAGAAACAUUGAUGCAAAUUGCAUCUUCCUUCCUACCAACCGACGAACAAUUACCCAUUUGUGUCUGAUUCAAUUAAGGACAGCCUUAAGUAUUUGACUUUCUUGAUGUAUUAACAAAUAGCAACAAAGUUUUUUGGUUUUUCUUCCCCCACCUCCCACCUGUACUAUUUAUUCACAAAGCGCUAAGACCUCUCCAGGCCAUUUAAAUAUAGAACAUUGCAAGUGGUACUUAUAGGUGCAUUAGAAAGAAUCAGAUCUAUUUUAUGGAAAUGACCUCCCCUUUUUCAUGGAAAAGGAUCUUGCCUCACCAUGAUAUGGUUGAGAUUAAAUUUUGUUUGGAUAAAAAUGUGGAUUGACAUCAUCUCACACUGCACCAUUAAACCUUUCUCAGCACUUAAUCACUUCUAUGUGUACUGGAGUCUUAGUGGUGGUGGUGCCAUUUAAAUGCAUGUAAAUUGUGUUUUAAGUGUAUGUUGUGUUUAUUGUGACAUGUUUACCAUGGAAAUAAA